AUGCGCGGCAGUGGGAGCGAGCAGCUGAUCCAGCCCGAGCUGCUCCAUGGGAUGGAGCAAGUGCUGGUUUCCUACUCCAGGUCAGAGAUGUUCCUGAUCGAGUUGCUGGAACAUGUGUGUGAGCACAUGAAGGAUUAUGGUGAACAGGUCGAUCCCGACACACACCGAAGCAGCUACGUUAGAGUUCUCAGCCGGGAUGGUGACAGGAUCGAACUCCCCAACACACAGUUCACCCAGGACAUCACCUCCAAUUUAAAACGAGCUUGUGAGAAACUCGCUGAGGAAUAUGAAGAUGAAUUCAUCGAGUUUUUCUCUCGCGAAUCCAACAAUGUGAAAGACCUCCUGUGCAGCAAGAGAACAGACUUGUGUGACCACGCUCUCCACGCGCGUCACGAUGAGCUCUGAAGGCUGCGGCUCCCUGGUUUCAGUCCCGGCCCCAGCGGGAGAAGGCGCGAGCGAUCCCACCAUCCCCACCCCGCGAUGGACCGGGCAGCAGAGGGAGACUGGAUCGGGGGCUGGCAGUUAGAUUGAAUGCCCAUCAACCCUACAUCAGUGACCACGCUUCCAGGAGAGCUGUGUGGCUCUCAGUAAGGGUCCGUCUUAGAUUCCCACUCAGAUUCCGGGGCUCAAACUGAGAAGGACAUUUCCCCGCUACGAGAUUUAACUCACGGAAAGAAGAGACUCGACUGCACUCAGGAAAAACCGCUUCAGAGAAUAUAUUUUUGGUGCUAAUUCUCCGUGCCUUCACCUCCCUCUCCCUCUCUCCCUCUCUCUCUCUCUCUCUCGGGAAUCCUGCUGGUCUUACUGAUCUGUCUCGUCACCAAAUAAACUUGCUUGAA